AAUAAUUUCGUCGGCAACUUUAUGGACCUCCGGUCGGUUCAACCAACGCAUACAGUGUCCCUUCCGAUACAAGAACUUCUCACCAGAAAAAUAAAUUUAAAUUUGUCCAAAAAUUAGGACCGAACCGCUGACGCAACCUUCAAAGGCAUUGAGAUCAGCGAUUACGUCGCUUUUCAAAGGCAUUGAGAUCAGCGAGUACGUCACUCUUGUCAUCGUCACUCCUCCACUCUAUAAAUAUUCUCCCACCCUCACUCGAUCUCCAUCGCACUCACUCAUUCUCUCCGUAGAAAGAUCAUCUGUAGCAAGAGGGAUUAAUGGCGAAAUCAUCUUGUCCGGAGCACGAGCACCCGCGGAAGGCCUUCGGAUGGGCUGCCAGAGACACGUCUGGCGUUCUCUCUCCCUUCAACUUCUCUAGGAGGGCAACUGGCGAGAAGGAUGUUACAUUCAAAGUACUGUAUUGUGGGAUUUGUCACUCUGAUCUUCACAGCCUGAGAAAUGAAUGGGGCAUUUCUACAUAUCCUGUUGUUCCUGGGCAUGAGAUUGUAGGCAUAGUUACAGAAAUAGGGAACAAGGUGCGAAAUGUCCAGGUUGGAGAUAAAGUAGGGGUGGGGUGCAUGGUUGGAGCUUGCCACUCGUGUGACAAUUGCAAUAAUGAUCUUGAGAAUUAUUGUCCCAAAAUGAUAUUAACCUAUGGUGCCAUUGAUCGUGAUGGAACCACCACAUAUGGUGGCUAUUCAGACAUGAUGGUAGUUGACGAGCACUUUGUGAUUCAGAUUCCAGAAAACCUUCCUCUUGAUGGUGGUGCUCCUCUCUUAUGUGCGGGGAUCACAGUGUACAGUCCCUUGAAAUACUACGGCCUUGACAAGCCUGGGAUGCAUAUUGGUGUCGUCGGUUUAGGCGGUUUGGGACAUGUGGCCGUGAAGUUCGCAAAAGCUUUUGGGGUUAAAGUGACUGUAAUUAGUGGCUCACCCAAAAAAAAGAAGGAAGCCAUGGAGCAUCUAGGCGCCGACUCGUUUCUGGUUAGUCAUGAUCAAGAUCAAAUGAAUGCUGCCAUGAGCACAAUGGAUGGUAUCAUUGAUACGGUCUCUGCAGCUCAUCCUCUUUUGCCAUUGCUAGGCCUAUUGAAGUCUCAUGGAACUCUAGUCAUGGUUGGUGCUCCAGACAAACCGCUUGAGCUACCCAUCUUUCCUCUCCUUAUGGGUAGGAAAGUGGUGGCUGGAAGUUGUAUUGGUGGCAUGAAGGAGACACAAGAGAUGAUUGAUUUUGCAGCAAAAUACAAUAUAACACCCGAUAUUGAGGUUAUUCCAAUGGACUAUGUGAACACUGCUAUGGAACGUCUUGUAAAAGCUGAUGUUAAAUAUCGUUUUGUUAUCGAUAUUGGGAACACAUUAACUGCUGCCGAGUAAAUCAUGCCUAAUAACACUCAAGUUGCCUCAGAUAAUAAGUGAAAAGGAUGAAUUAGAGGAGGUUCAAGUGUUGUUCUUUCACAUUCUCUCUCUCUCUCUCUCUCUCUCUCUCUCUCUCUAUGAUUUUGUUUGUGGAACAUUUCUUUUCUGGUUUUCCUAACAAAAUAUUGUAAUCUCAAAAUUUCAGCAAUUAAUGGGUUUAGACUUAAA